AGAGGUUGGAUAAGGACCCUUGUGCUACCGAUUCACGCUAAUCUGGUGUGCCUACGGCUAUCCCACUGCAAGGCACAUUUGACUUUGAGACCUUGUACUACAUCUCCGACAAUGUUCGUUUGUCAAUGGUCGCCUGUCCUUCGCCUCCACGAUGCGAUCGGACUACCUUGCUGCCAUUGAAGCUGCGUGUUUCAGAUGGCGUUGGCAUGUGGGACUGCUUGGCAUCCAUUACCUUGAAAACUAGGUUAGUAUUCGUGACAUAACGACGGGCCAGAUGUUCGCAGGAUGCACGCUGCAGCCCAGGAGCAGGAGUUGUCGCCGUCUCCGCAUCAAUGGGCCUGCCUGGAAGGACAAGCUCAUUGUAAGUUCCCCAUUUCGAGAGCUUGCGCGACGGUUUGGCGCACAAGAGAUUGUCAACCCAAGCCCCGUGGCGUUGCGCACAGGUGGCACAGCAUCGCUUGUACGGAAUCUCUCGGUACCUUGUACAGCCCCGCGGUGCAGAACUGCGUGUAGCAUUUGGUGUCCUUAUUUCCUUCAUCAUUUAGUGCGGCCCUUCAAAUUUCUUGCCCCUCACCCCCCUCUGCAAGGUACGCCCUCCUUCCUCGCAUCCUCUGCUAAGCCGGCACCGAGCACGGCCAUAUGGGUUCCUGCAUUGAGAGGCCUUAGCAGGAAGGCCAUGAAGGCAGGAUCCGCGAUGCUUAGCGGCGAGCAGUCUGUGGUAUAAGAGCAGGAGUGUCAUCUCAACGUCAAGUCUGAUCUCCAAGGCGACGACCUCUUU